AUGUGGCGUUCUUUGAAGACCAAGAACAAACAUGGGUUUGUUGAUGGUUCCAUUCCGAAACCUGCAGCUGAUGAUCCUUUAUUUGGCGUAUGGGAUCGCUGCAAUACUUUGGUGAUUUCUUGGCUUACACAAGCAAUGGAUCCGGUUAUAGCUCAAAGCAUUUUGUGGAUGGAUCUUGCUUCUGAGAUUUGGGCAGAUUUGAAGUCCAGAUAUUAUCAAGGCGAUUUGUUCAGAAUUUCAGAUCUUCAAAAAGAUUUGUAUUCUCUUAAACAAGGUGACAUGCCUAUCACUACUUACUUUACUCGAUUGAAGAGUUUAUGGCAAGAAUUUGAAGCUUUUAGGCCAAUUCCUUCUUGUACCUGUGCUGUUUCUUGUACUUGUGAUUUGAUUCCAAUUGUUAAAAGCUAUAGAGACAGUGAUUAUGUGAUAAGAUUUCUCAAGGGUUUGCAUGAGAAUUAUGCUGCUGUGAGGUCCAGUAUCAUGUUAAUGGAUCCUUUGCCCCCAAUUUCCAAGGUUUUUUCCUUGCUAGUCCAGCAAGAGAGACAGUUUAAAUCAGUCAAUCUUGAAGAGAGCAAAAUCUUAGCCUAUCAUUCAGAUGCUGGAAAGAAGUAUGCUCCGAAUGUAGAUCAUGAUAGUCAUGAACAAAAUAGAUCCAAAAGAACUUCAUAUCCUUCAAAGGGAAAAGGAAAUAGUGGUCGAUAUGCUGCAAAAGAGUGUAGUUUUUGUCUCAGGUCUGGUCAUACAGUUGAUUACUGUUACAAGAAAUAUGGGUACCCUCCAAUUUCAAGAAGAAUGGGAGUUUUAAUUGUGUUACUCAAGAAGAUGGUGAUGAUUUUGAUGCUAAAUCAGCUUGUUCUUUUAAGCCUGAAGUUAAUCAUUCAACACUGGGGUUUACUGCUGAGCAACAGAAGACUCUAUUGGCUUUAA